GGCUUUGUUGUGUGAGCCAUUUCUACGUAUUUCCCUUAUUUUAAUAAAAAAAUGUUUAAAAGUGAAAGUCAAAACCAGACUUAUAGUGAGUCUGUUUUGAAAAUAUCAGUAAAGCUCCUGUGUAUCAGUUAUUCUCCGAGUUCAUCAGGUGUGGAGCAGAUCAACGUCAUUUGUCCGUCGCCUGUGUUCGCCUUAUUGAUUGGAAACCUACCACGUGGACGCAUGCUUCGGCCAAUGGGCGUUCUCGGGGCGGGGCCAUGAAGCAUCGCUACCAUCACGCUAGACGAAGGAGUCCUGUCUAACUUGCUCUGCUAACUCAUGCCGUGACAAUUUUACGUUUCCUUUUGUAGUCGUGUCCCCAGUUUCCAUAGACACUUGGAUUUAUGAUGGAAACAACUAAUUGUUCGUGAAGGCUGCUGUUGUUUUACGCCAAGCAGACUCGUUAAGGACAUUGAUUUGCUUUAAACUAGCCGGGAAGAGCUAGCGCGGCUAAUCAUUACAUACUCACACACUGCCUGCCACCACAUCCAGCAAAACGGACAACACGAGUCCACAAGUCGGCGUUUGGACGUUCCUGGAACUGCAAUGGAGAAGGCGGAUUUCUUGAAAGGACUUCCUGUCUACAACAAGAGCAACUUCAGCAGGUUUCAUGCAGACUCUGUUUGUAAAGCAUCUAAUCGGAGGCCGUCUGUGUAUCUUCCAACACGCGAAUACCCCUCUGAACAAAUUAUUGUAACAGAGAAAACCAACAUCCUCUUGCGUUACCUCCAUCAGCAGUGGGACAAAAAGAAUGCUGCAAAGAAAAGGGAACAGGAACAAGGAGAGGGCGACAGCCCGGCUCCCCCGAGGAAGAUCGCCCGGACAGAUAGCCAAGAAAUGAAUGAGGACUCAUAAGUGUAUAUAUGUGUGUUUGAGUGUGUGUGUGUGUGUGUGUGUGCGUGUCUGUGUUUGUGUGUUUGUGUACACACAAGGCAUAGCCAAUAGAGCUCCAGUAGCUGAUGUUACGCAAUCCUUUCACCCAACACUCAACGCCACUUUGGCAGGAAGCUGCACUGUUUAAAUCCAUAGAUGUGUACAGUGCUGUUCAAGAGGCCAUCAUUAGACUUGUUGUUGUAGCAGUGCUAUAUUGACCAUACACUAUCAUUAUAUCUCAAUGACUUACGUUAUAGAAACAUAUCUAGGAAAUAUGGGAAACAUGAAAAAAACUAAAUUCUACAGGUUUAAGUGUCAAGAAUUUAGUGUGAACUAAAAACAAUCCCACGACCCUGGCUCUCCUCAAACCGGCGUGGAACUCUACAUAAUGAUAAUUGAUGAAACCUGUGUUUGUUCUACUAGUUCAUGUCGGCAAACAUCUGAUUUGAAAAAGAGCAUUACAUACACAUGUUGUAUGAGUUCAAGUGACACAAUGUUGGACUACAACCUUCAGAAAAUAUUAUUAUAAUGGUACAUCAACUUCCAACUGGGUGAAUAGCACCCUCAUCAAAUCCCCUGGACAGGUCCGCAUCACCUCUAUUGGCUACAUAUCGCUCUGUGGAUUUAAAGAGCGGAGUGAACUCUGACGGCUUGAAACUGGCACUUGUGUCGUCCAUGUUUGCCGGAGGUUUUCUUGUCAAGAAUGGUGGUGUAAACAAACUUGAGUCACGUGACAUUCGGAGCUCUAUAUAAACAAACAAAAGAAGGAAUAUCUCUUUUGAAUGCAGACAUCUGUUCUUUCUCUACUGUGGCAGGAUUCCUCUCCUGGCACGGAAUUUAAGAAUAACUCAUGAUUUUGGAAGGAACAAGUAACCAUUCAAGGUCUAAUGUGUAGCAAUUAGUAGCAUCUGAUGGUGAGACUGCAGAUUGUAACAAUGCCCAAAUGGGUUUAGGGAACUACAGUGGCCUUCUCAUACCAGAAAGUAUGUAAUUUAACCUUCUGCUUUAAAAUCCAUUCAACCGGCUGUAGAAACAAAGUGGUCUGUGUAAAUCAAGGCCCUUACCUUAAAGUAAGGAUCUCUCUUUUUUUUAUUAUUACUACCUUUGCAUAGUAUAUUCUGCCUCCUAAAUGUUACACAUUGGACCUUUUUAAAGGUGUAAAGAUAAAGCAGUUGAAAAGAUGUCGCACUCAGGCCGCGUUCACACUGGAUACAAGCGUCACCGAACGUCCUUGCUUUUCAUUAGGCACAUAUUAACCGACGAGAGCGUCCACACUGCCUGUGUGUGACGUGCACUUCAGGGUUUAAGCCGUCAUGCUCGGCACACGUGUUCAGUGUGGACCUGGCGCCAUUGAAAGUAAGGGAACGUUAUACAUAUGUUUAUUUAAUUAAUGUAGGCUAUUCCCUGUGUGAGUUAGUGUACAAAUGUGUAUAAGUUUGUGUGCAUGCAUCUGUUGUACAGUAUGUGUGAGAAGAAUGGAAAAAGUCAGUAGAUGUAAAAUCAGAGAUGGACUCAACAGAGGAAGUUACCAUUAAAAUCUGUCUCAUAACUGUUACAUGACUUGUGUAGCCUCCUGGAGAGUCUGUCCUGAUUUGUGCAAAGAUAAUGUUUUGUUACUGUUUUAAUUUUAUUAUAAGUUUAAUUUUUAAAUUUUUUUUUUUUUUUGAAUAUUGGCAACGAGCUUCCUGCCAGCCACAGUGCCCAAGUUUCACUGCCCACUCUGCAGCCACAUGGGGGCAUUGCAACAUUUCUCCACACUGUUUGAAUGAGCAGAACCAAGGAUGCACUGUGAAGAACAGCACAAAGUAGAACCAACUCUUCCCCCCUUGAUGUGUGUCUAUGGUGAAUAUGCAUAUCUUCGUUCUAUUCUGGGACUUGUGCUGCUAGAAUAAAUGUUGUUAGGGUGUCUCGGAGAAAUAUUUCUUACACGCAUAUUUUUAGCACCAUCUUCUGCCCAGUCAAAGCUAGUAAGAACAGGUUUAGUCUUUCUGUGAUCGAGGGAUGUGAAAGACAAAAGAAGGAAAACGUUGCAGACAAAUGUGAAAUGUGAAUGUUUGUUGGGAGAUUUCAGUUGUGCCACCUGAACGAAACAGAUGGUGAAGAAAAGUGAAAAAUGAUUAGUUUGUCUGUAAAUAAUUACAAAUAACACAUGGAAAAUAUCAUUGUCUCUGCCUUUUUGUAAAAUAAGACACAUUUGUGGAGACGGAAGAAAAUCGAAUUCAUGAAAGUUAAUAAGAUGAGAAGCCCCAGUGCCCUGUCAGUAUUUUCUUGCAUGUUGAUGUUUUCACGACUGGGUCUUGUGUUCCUGGACCAGUAAUAGAACGUGCGGGGAGUUGGGCUUGAUGUGUUGUCUCCUGUUAUGAAUAUGGAAGGUAUCGUUCUAGAAGCCUCACAACCUGUUGUCAUGCUUCAGAACUUUGCUCCCCGGUGUCAGGGCCGGGGUCGUUGUGACGGUUUGCACGGUUUGUUGUCUGAAAACUGGUUUAGAUGAACAGCUGCCAUCCUGCCUUGUUCCACAGAUUCAGUUAGAGAACUUAAAGCUUUUUUUUAAUGUUCUGAGCACUGCCCUCGUAUCAGUUGACACUCAGUGUGGGUUGAUAUGUGUGUGGUCAGUCAUCUGCCUGCCUACAUGGAAUCAACAAAAAAUCAUAAGCUUCUGCAUUUGAGACUAAGCCUCGCUCCAUCUCAUGUGUGUUUGACAAAACGUGUUCUUUUUAGCUUUGCUGAAAUAAAACUGGAUUGAAACUGGA